AUUGGGGUAUGGGUGGCUACCGCGGGGUACUUGUACCAGCAUCAACUUCCUAGGAUCCGACAACUAUCUUCACGGUCUUCCUGCCUCCAAGAUUCCGUCCCUGCGCCUUGAAAAGUUAAAAGGGACGGUCCAACCUUUUAUGCCCCUUUCAAAACGCACCCAAGAACGACUGUCCACCCCGGCCCUUGUAAACGAUCACCACCUCCUGAGUUACGAACGGUACUGUGCACGGCUCUAGCCCCUCUAUCUCGACAGCAUUCAAUCCUGUAACACUUUUAUCCCCUACAUCGCUCCCAGCCACUUCACAAACUGCUUUUUCUUCCCUACCCCACUGCUGGUUCGAACAUGUCCGACUGGUAUUGCGUAAGCCAUUCUCCCCACCCUACCUUGUCCAUAGGAACUAUUUGCUCAAAUAUUGUACAGAGAUAUUGUGACCUUGGCCCACACAACCUCGAACUUCACGUUGCGUGCAUUGAGUGCGGCAAGCCUAGGGCAGACGAGCCUGCACAAUCUCCCCACAACCACCAAAGUUACCAAAGUGUAGACCCGCCAAACACUCCUGCCGGGGCCGAUGCCACCGCAAGGAAUCGUUCCACCCAGGAUGUUCUCUCCACCCGAGAUCCUUCCCGACGCACAUCCGGACGAUCAAACGAAAAGCGCGAAUCGAAGGCAACUACCCACUGAUGUCAAUACUUUUUCUUAAAGGACAAAGAAAAGAGAAAAAACCUGGUCCUUCCAUCAAUAGAUCGUUAGGAUAAAAAAAAAAAAAAAGAAGGGUUGGGUGAACAACCUGCUUGCCGCUAUCGAAUCUCUCCUCCUCUCGAAGUAAUCAAAACCCUUCCAUUCUUUAUUCUCUUCCUUCAAUGGCAAGGGGUUUCAAACACCGUCUAGCUGUUGGAAUAGACACAUUCUAGGAGCAAUACGGUUGUUGGUGGUGGCUUUCUCUUUUUUUCCAGAGUUUUCCUUUUCUCAAAGACCCGCCGCACUCCUGCAGCCGCGUGUGGAUUUCCCAUAUCCUUCCUUGUACCCCAAGAACUACUUGUAUACCCAUUAGCGACAAGCAAAUGGCCUUUAGAUAACCAUUUUAAUCCAUGUAUUUUGGGAUACUGUAAGCUUCUAUCACGAUUUGCUUGGCCGAAUAAUAAAAAAGAGAGGGCCAGCGGAGCGUUUCCAAGUGUCGUGCAUGCCUAGGAGGAUUUGAGAACUUUACCGGUGCUGCUGUACUGUUCGUACUGUGCUUUACUGUGCUUUACCACUGUUUUGUUUUGUUUCGGAAAGCUCUACUAUCCCCGCUUUCCCCUUCCAGUUACCGGUAUCCUGGGGUGUCCUUUCAUAAUAUUUUUUAUAUCUUUUCUACCGCGGCUAUCAUUAACAUUAGCGGGCGAUCCUAACUCAACCCUCAAUAAUUGAUCGCUACCGUGCGCCUAACUAUCCCGUGCUGCCUACUCCCAUCACGAGUAUUUUUUUUCUUUUUAUAUAUCAGGGUUGAAACAAUCGUGGCUAGAGCUUUGAAGAACCCCUCGCGGAAGGACCGAAGCUUACCGACGAACCCAGGAUACAAAAA